AUGGAGUACAUAACCACAGAGAUUUCCAUGGGAAUCCCUUCGUGCCCUCAGAAGCCAUCCAUUGCUUCCAAGCCAUACCCCAUGACGUCUCCUUCAACUAUUAUUAAACUGUCCACUGGUUCAAUUGAAGAGAAGAAGAAACUCUACUCCAUGAACAAUAGUGGGGCCACCAGAGGUGGACCCAAGUCAAAUCUGGAACAUCUUGAAGUCAAGAGCAGUCCUAGAUCAGAGGAUGAUGAGAAAAUCGAGACCCUGAUUCAAUCUCCACCCUCUGAUGACAAUCCAAGUGCUGGUGCAAGUGCAACUAAGGGUGGUACCUCUGUCAAACUGGAGGAAGCAAUUGAGUUUGAAUUGAAACAUGGUCGCUACAUAGACCCUAACAUGGACCCAAAGAAGCUCAGACGGACGAUAUCAAACAGACUUUCUGCCCAGAGAUCCAGAUUGAGAAAGACUCAAUACAUUUAUGAGUUGGAAAAAAAGGUGAAGGAUCUAGAGGCUCACAUAUCCCUUGUCUCUCCUCAAAUAGUACAUUCAAAACACCAUGUGAAGAUGUUGCGACUUGAGAGGAGUGUCUUGAAACAAAGGUUAGAUAGUAUCACAGACAAAUCCAAUCUGCGCCGUGUGCAAAUUGAAGAGAAAAAGGCUGAAGUAGAGAAGCUCAGAGAACUCCAGAUGAUUCAAAAAGAACAGGAGAAGACGCUUGAUUGGAACUUUGUGCUGGGGCAGGAUACGAGUUCGAGCUUUCAUCAGUUCAACCAGCAGCCAGUGACGGGAAUGCACCUAGACCAGGGGGAAGUAGACCAGUACCUCAACUUUGAUGAAUAA